AUGUGUGAGCCCGAGGAGAGCCUUGUGCCCUUGCUUCCAGAAAUUACACAUGUAGAGAGAGGCUACAUCACCCCCUUACAGGUGUAUAACCUUCUGAAUGCAGAGGAAGGCCAGCCAAUGCUCUAUGAUCCAUAUUAUAUCCUCAUCUUGGACUGCAGGAGUGCAGAGAGGUACAAGGACAGUCAUGUGGUGACAGCACGGGCCAGUGUCACCGUGAUUCACCCUGAGCUGGGCUGUCUAAUCAGCUGUAUAGAGCUACAGAAGUAUUCCAUAAUACUGCUGUAUGCAGAAGAAGGCAGCAGUCCAGUGGGCAGUGUGAAGGCCCGGACAGACUCCCCUGAUCUCCAGCGUUGCUUCUUCCAGCUCAGUGAUUUGGGAAUGGAUCCUGUUAUUCUCCUGGGAGGGUUCACAGCGUUUAAUACCCUCUAUCCUUUCCUCUGCACUUCUCAUAUGGUUCUACUUGAACCCGAGCGCCACACUCUAACUAUUUACCCCUCAGAAAUCCUGGAAGGGGCCCUGUAUCAAGGCUCAGCGACUCAGGCAGAAAACUAUCGUAUCAUUAAGAACCUCCACAUCACCCAUGUGGUUAAUGCCACAGCCAACAGCCCUGAUGCUUUUCCGAACAUCCUGUGCUACCUGAGGCUGCCCCUGAGCGACGACGCACAGCAGGACUUGGUAGAGGCACUACCACUGGCCUCCAGGUUCAUCCAUCAGGCUCUCAAGGGGGUGCCGGCGGGCCGGGUUUUGGUGCACUGUAGCAUGGGCAGGAGUCGAAGCUCGGCCCUGACACUAGCCUUCCUCAUGGAGCACAGGCACUGGUCCCUGCUGCAUGCCCUGCGCUGGUUAAAAGAGAGGCGGGCGUGCACAGCUCCCAAUAUAAACUUUCUGCAGCAGCUGCUGACCUACGAAGAACUGCUGUUUGGGAGCAGACUCACCUCAUUGGAUGACAUUCGCCGAUAA